AUGGCACAAGCGGGCCCCUCGCGUCCUAAAAAGCUGGCAAAUACCUCGAAGGCUAAAAAGCCUUCGCUCAAGUCGUCGAGGUCGAAGAAAACAGCGGCGGUACAAGCAGUAGACAUCCUUGAUAAGGCUGCUCUUGAAUAUGAUGCUCCUGCCGACAUGAAGUCAUUCGCGGACCUGCCUAUCUCAGACCUUACGAAGCGAGGUCUUAAGAAGGCAUUCUUCGUGGAUAUGACGGACAUCCAAGCGAAAAGCUUGCCAGUCUCUCUCAAAGGAAAGGAUGUACUCGGGGCAGCUCGCACUGGAAGUGGGAAGACGCUUGCGUUCCUUGUGCCAGUACUCGAGAUCUUGUAUCGGAGAAAGUGGGGACCUCAGGAUGGUCUGGGUGCGCUGAUCAUUUCGCCUACAAGAGAAUUGGCCGUUCAAAUUUUCGAUGUCCUUCGCUCAAUUGGCGGGUAUCAUAGUUUUUCUGCAGGUCUCGUCAUUGGCGGGAAGAAUGUCAAGGACGAACGUGAGCGUCUUUCGCGCAUGAACAUCCUUGUAGCGACACCAGGUCGUUUACUGCAGCACAUGGACCAAACCAUCGGGUUUGAAUGUGACAACCUGCAAAUGCUCGUGCUUGAUGAGGCCGACCGCAUCCUCGAUAUGGGCUUCCAACGCACACUUUCAGCCCUUCUAUCCCACCUCCCAAAAGCCCGCCAGACGCUCCUAUUCUCAGCCACGCAGACCGACUCCGUCUCCAACCUUGCCCGUCUCAGCCUCAAAGACCCCGUUUACAUCGGCGUGCACGAUUCUGAUAACGCAAGCGCGAUGCCCAAAAGCCUCGAACAGCACUACGUGCUGUGCACACUCGACCAGAAGCUCGAUUUGCUCUGGUCAUUCCUGAAGAGCCAUCUACAGAGCAAAGUGCUCGUCUUCCUCUCGUCGUGCAAGCAGGUGCGCUUCGUGUUCGAGACAUUCCGCCGCCUGCACCCUGGCGUGCCGUUGCUGCACCUACACGGGAAGCAGAAGCAGAUGACGCGCCUCGCAACGUUCCAGCGCUUCACAGGCAUGAAGCACGCGGUGCUGUUCGCCACGGAUAUCGCCGCACGCGGGCUUGACUUCCCGGCAGUCAACUGGGUGCUCCAAGUAGAUGCACCGGAGGAUGCGGAGACGUAUAUCCACCGAGUGGGUCGCACGGCGCGAUAUGAGAGCGCAGGGAAGGGUUUGCUGUUUUUGAUGCCGAGCGAGGAGGAGGGCAUGACGCAGGCUUUGGCGAAGAAGAGCAUCACAGCAGAGAAGAUCAAAAUCAGAGCAAGUAAGACUCAAAGCAUUGAGAAUCAACUGCAAAACUUGGCCUUCCAGGAUCCCGAGAUCAAGUAUCUGGCCCAGCGGGCAUUUGUAUCCUACCUGCGUUCCGUGCAUUUGCAGAAGGACAAAUCAAUCUUCAAGGUCGCCGAGCUCCCCGCCGAACGCUUUGCGGAGGCACUUGGUCUGCCUGGUAUGCCCAAAAUCAAAUUUCUCACCAAAGAGAUGGCGAAGAAGCGGAAAAACGCGUCUUAUGCGGCCGUCACCCCGGAGGCGUCACUUGCGCAUCGUCCACAGGAGCGUUCUAGCCCAGACUCGGAUGAUAGCGAUGAUGAGAGCAGUGCAGCUGAGCAGAGCUCAGAUGACGAGGAUGAUCCCGCAGGAACUGCCGCCGAGCUCGAGGCGAGUGGGAAUAAGACGAAGGAGGAUCGCGUUCGCACUAAGUACGAUCGCAUGUUCGAGCGCAAAAACCAGGAUAUUUUAUCCGCGCAUUACAACAAGCUCGUGGAUCACUCUGCAGAUCGGGCGGACUCGGACGACGAUUUCAUCACACUGAAGCGCGCUGACCACGAGCUGCCGGGUGACGAUGCGCUGCCCGCAUCGGAUUUCAUCUCGAAGCGCAAGCAGAAGAUGGCGUUGUCGAAAAAGGCACUUGCGAAAUCUGCACCAAGGGGCGAGAAGCUCGUGUUUGACGAUGAGGGGAACCCGCACAAAGUUUACGAAAUGAAGACGGCGGAGGAGGUGUUCAAGGGUGCUGAGGACGUGAAGGAGGCGGGUCGGCAAUUUGCCGAGGGCGAGCGCGGCAAGCUGAAGCAGGCGGAUGUUGCUGACAAGGCUGAGGCAAAGGAGAAGAAGAGAGAGAAGAAGCGUAAACGCAAGGAGCGGGAACGAGAGGAGACAGGCCACGGCGAUGAUGGAGGGGUCGCUACAUUUGCAACCGUGGCUCCGCCUGACGAGGACGAUGGCUACGUCAGCCCUCAGUUCGACUUGCCAUCGGAUUCUGAGGACAGCGAUCGCGAAGCUGUUCCCCCACCGUCUAAGCGGACCAAAAAGUCGGACGCUGAGCGUAGUCACGUCCAUGAUAGCCUUGAAGAUGAAGAGGAAUUGGCGUUGCAGCUCCUACGACAACGGCGAUAG